CCGGCCGGGACGGUUUAGCCUCCCCGGCAGCUCCGGGGACCGUGCCGAGCCUCUUUCCCAUCCUUCUGGUCCAGCCUCGGCUACAGCAGGAACCCCCGGGCACCGUGCAGAGUUCCUGGCACUUUCCCGAAGGCUCUCUCACCACCUGCCCCGGACUGGGACUGACUGCUCUCUCAGGGCGACCCGUCCGAGCCCCAACAUCCGGACCAUGCACGCCGCCCGGACCCCCGGGAUCACCGCCCGCGCGCGCCACGCAGCUAACCCCACCGCCUCUCAGCCCUUGCCUCCGCCGCCGCCCCGGCUGGUGCUGCUGUUUUUGCUUCUCCUGUCACUGGUAAGCCGCGUCCGGGCACAGCCCCCUGACCCCGGCCGGGCGUUGCUGUCCCCGGAUCUCGCGGGCGUUGCAGGGGUCCCCUCCGAAGAGGCCAUAGUGCCGGCGAACCGUGGGCUCCGGGUGCCCUUCGGCCGUGAGGUCUGGCUGGAUCCGUUGCAGGACCUGGUGCUGCAGGUGCAGCCGGGGGAUCGCUGCGUAGUGACCGUGCUAGACAACGAUGCGCUGGCCCAGCGGCCCGGCCGUCUGAGUCCCAAGCGCUUCCCGUGCGACUUCGGCGCUGGAGAAGUGCGCUACUCGCACCUGGGCGCGCGCAGCCCGUCGCGGGAUCGGGUCCGGCUGCAGCUCCGCUACGACGCGCCGGGGGGGGCGGCAGUGCUACCCUUGGUGCUGGAGGUGGAGGUGGUCUUCACCCAACUGGAGGUUGUAACUCGGAACUUGCCCCUGGUCGUGGAGGAGCUGCUUGGCACCAGCAAUGCCCUGGACGCGCGGACCUUGGAAUUCGCCUACCAGCCCGAGGCUGAGGAGUGUCGCGUGGGCAUCCUGUCCGGCUUCGGCGCGCUGCCUCGCUACGGGGAACUCCUUCACUACCCGCCAGUCCCGGGACGUGCCAGCGAGAAGGGCACCCAGGAGCCGCUCCUCAUGGACUGCAAAGCUUUCCAGGAACUAGGCGUGCGCUACCGCCACACGGCCCCCAGUCGUUCUCCAAACAGGGACUGGGUGCCCAUGGUGGUGGAGCUGCGCUCACGAGGGGCUCCUGUGGGCAGCCCUGCUUUGAAACGCGAGCACUUCCAGGUGUUGGUGAGAAUCCGAGGAGGGGCUGAGAACACUGCACCCAAGCCCAGUUUUGUGGCCAUGAUGAUGAUGGAGGUGGACCAGUUUGUACUGACCGCCCUGACGCCAGACAUGUUGGCAGCCGAGGAUGCUGAGUCUACCCCCGACUUGUUGAUCUUCAAUCUCACCUCUCCUUUCCAGCCUGGCCAGGGCUACCUGGUGAGCACUGACGACCGCAGUCUGCCCCUCUCCUCCUUCACUCAGAGGGAUUUGCACCUCCUGAAGAUUGCCUAUCAGCCCCCCUCUGAGGACGCCGACCGGGAGCGUGUCUUUGAACUGGAGCUGGAGGUAGUGGACCCAGAAGGAGCAGCUUCAGAGCCUUUUGCCUUCAUGGUGGUGGUGAAGCCUAUGAACACACUGGCUCCAGUGGUCACCCGGAACACUGGGCUCAUUCUCUACGAGGGCCAGUCUCGGCCCCUCACCGGCCCUGCAGGCAGUGGACCGCAGAACCUGGUCAUCAGUGAUGAGGAUGACCUGGAGGCAGUACAGCUGGAGGUGGUGGCUGGCCUCCGGCACGGUCACCUUGUCCUUCUGGGUGCCUCAAGUGGCAACUCUGCCCCUAAGACAUUUACGGUCGCUGAGCUGGCAGCCGGCCAAGUGGUCUACCACCACGAUGACAGAGAUGGCUCCCUAAGUGACAACCUCGUGCUUCGAAUGACGGAUGGAGGACGCAGACACCAGGUGCAAUUCCUGUUCCCUAUCACCUUAGUGCCUGUGGAUGACCAGCCACCAGUCCUCAAUGCCAACACGGGGCUGACACUGGCAGAGGGUGAAACCGUGCCCAUCCUGCCCCAGGCUCUAAGUGCAGCUGACAUGGACUCAGAUGACUCGCUGCUUCUUUUUGUGCUAGAGUCGCCCUCCUCAACCACAGGGCACCUGCUUCUCCGUCAAACCCAUCCUCCCCAGGAGGAGGAGAUGCUGAUCAGGGGCCCUUGGAGAAAACAGGGAGCAUUCUAUGAGAAAACGGUGACAGAGUGGCGGCAGCGAGACAUAACGGAGGGGAGGCUUUUCUACAGGCACUCGGGGCCUCACAGUCCUGGGCCAGUAAUGGACCAGCUCGCGUUUCGAGUCCAGGAUAACCAUGACCCCCCUAACAGGUCUGGGCUACAGAGGUUUGUGAUACGCAUCCAUCCCGUGGAUCGCCUCCCUCCAGAGCUGGGCAGCGGCUGUCCCCUCCGGAUGGUGGUACAGGAAUCCCAGCUCACGCCGCUGAGGAAGAAGUGGCUGCACUACACCGACCUGGACACAGACGACCGAGAACUACGCUACACGGUGACACAGCCCCCAAUGGACACAGAUAAAAACCACUCACCAGCCCCCCUGGGCACCUUGGUGCUGACUGACAACCCUUCAGUAGUGGUGGCCCAUUUUACACAAGCCCAGGUCAACCACCAUAAAAUUGCUUACAGACCUCCAGCUCAAGAACUGGGAGUGGCUGCCCGUGUGGCCCAGUUCCAGUUCCAGGUGGAGGACCAAGCUGGGAAUGUGGCUCCAGGCACUUUCACCCUUUACUUGCAGCCGGUGGACAACCAGCCACCUGAAAUCCUCAACACUGGCUUCACUAUUCAGGAAAAGGGCCACCACAUCCUGAGUGAGACUGAGUUGAGUGUGAGUGAUAUAGACACUGAUGCAGCCCACAUCACUUUCACUCUCACACAGGCACCCAAACAUGGCCACAUGAGGAUGUCUGGACAGAUACUGAGUGUGGAUGGGGUUUUCCACUUAGAGGACAUAAAACAGGGUCGGAUUUCCUAUGCCCAUAAUGGGGAUGAAUCUCUGACUGAUAGUUGCUCCUUGGAGGUCAGCGACAGACACCACGUGGUGCCCAUCACUCUCAGAGUGAAUGUCCGGCCGGUGGAUGAUGAGGUGCCCAUGCUGAGCCUGCCUGCAGGCACUCUGGGCUCCUAUCUGGACGUUUUAGAAAAUGGGGCUACUGAAAUCACUGCCAGUGUUAUCAAGGGGACCGAUGAGGACACUGAUGAUUUGAUGUUGACUUUCCUCUUGGAAGAUCCACCUUUAUGUGGAGAAAUCCUGGUCAGUGGAGUUCCAGCAGAGCAGUUUACCCAAAGGGACAUCCUGGAGGGCUCAGUCGUUUACGCCCACACUAGCGGGGAGAUAGGUCUAUUGCCCAAGGAGGACUCUUUCAACCUGAGUCUGUCAGAUAUGUCGCAAGAAUGGAGAAUAGGUGGUAAUACUAUCCAAGGAGUGACCGUGUGGGUGACCAUCCUCCCUGUUGACAGCCAGGCCCCAGAAAUUUCUGUAGGCGAACGGUUUAUAGUGAUGGAAGGUGAUAAAAGUGUUAUAACCUCGAUGCACAUAAGUGCUGAGGAUACUGAUUCCCUCACUGAUGACAUCUUGUGCACCAUAGUUAUUCAGCCUACCUCAGGUUACGUGGAGAACAUCUCUCCAGCCCCGGGCUCUGAAAAAUCGAGAGCAGGAAUUGCCAUAAGUGCUUUCACUCUGAAAGAUCUCAGGCAGGGUCAUAUAAACUACGUCCAGAGUGUCCAUAAAGGAGUAGAACCGGUGGAGGACAGAUUUAUAUUUCGAUGUUCUGAUGGCAUUAACUUUUCAGAGAGACAUUUUUUCCCCAUCAUAAUCAUUCCCACCAAUGACGAGCAGCCAGAAAUAUUUAUGAGAGAAUUUAUGGUGAUGGAAGGCAUGAGUCUGGUGGUCGAUACGCCCAUCCUCAAUGCUGCUGAUGCUGAUGUUCCCCCAGAUGAUUUAACUUUCACUAUUACCAAGUUUCCUACCCACGGUCACAUCAUGAACCAGCUGAUAAAUGGCACGGUUUUGGUUGAAAGCUUCACCUUGGACCAGAUCAUAGACAGCUCCAGCAUUAUUUAUGAGCACGAUGACUCUGAGACUCUGGAAGACAGCUUCAUGAUUAAACUAACAGAUGGUAAGCACUCUGUGGAAAAGACGGUCAUCGUUAUGAUUAUCCCUGUUGACGAUGAGACCCCCAGAAUGGCCAUCAAUAAUGGACUGGACAUAGAAAUUGGGGAAACCAAAAUUAUCAACAACAAAAUAUUAAUGGCAACUGAUUUAGAUUCUGAAGACGAAUCCUUGGUUUAUAUUAUUCGUUAUGGGCCAGGACAUGGCUUAUUACAGAGACAGAAACCUACAGGUGUCUUUGAAAAUAUCACACUGGGCAUGAAUUUUACCCAGGAGGAAGUGGACAGGAACUUGAUCCAGUACGUCCACUUUGGGCAAGAGGGCAUUCGGGAUCUAAUUAAAUUUGAUGUGACUGAUGGAAUAAAUGCCCUUAUAGAUCGCUACUUUUAUGUGUCUAUUGGGAGCCUUGACAUUGUCUUCCCUGAUGUGAUAAGUAAGGGAGUGUCUUUGAAAGAAGGUGGUAAGGUCACCCUCACAACAGACCUACUAAGCACUAGUGACUUGAACAGUCCUGAUGAAAACUUAGUUUUUACCAUCACCAGGGCUCCCAUGAGAGGUCACUUAGAAUGCACAGACCAACCUGGAGUAUCCAUCACAUCUUUCACUCAGCUCCAACUGGCUGGCAACAAAAUCUACUACAUCCACACAGCUGAUGAUGAGGUGAAGAUGGACAGCUUUGAGUUCCAAGUCACUGACGGACGUAACCCCGUCUUCCGGACAUUCCGUAUCUCCAUCAGUGAUGUGGACAACAAAAAGCCAGUGGUCACCAUCCAUAACCUGGUUGUCAGCGAAGGAGAAAACAAGCUGAUUACUCCCUUUGAACUCACUGUGGAAGAUAGAGAUACUCCAGACAAACUCUUGAAAUUCACUGUCACCCAGGUGCCUGUUCAUGGUCAACUCCUAUUCAACAAUACCAGACCCGCCAUGAUUUUUACCAAGCAAGACUUGAAUGAAAACUUAAUCAGCUACAGACAUGAUGGCACCGAGUCAAGUGAGGACAGCUUCUCCUUCACGGUGACUGAUGGUUCCCAUACAGAGUUCUAUGUUUUCCCUGAUACAGUAUUUGAAACAAGAAGACCCCAGGUGAUGAAGAUCCAGGUCUUAGCUGUUGACAAUAGUGUCCCCCAAAUUGCCGUGAACAAAGGGGCUUCUACACUUCGCCCUCUGGCCACAGGCCACUUGGGGUUCAUGAUCACAAGCAAAGUAUUGAAAGUGGAGGACAGAGACAGCUUACGUUUUUCUCUUAGGUUUAUUGUGACGGAGGCCCCUCGACAUGGAUAUCUCCUCAACCUGGGCCAAGGCAACCACAGUGUGACUCAGUUUACACAAGCUGACAUUGAUGAUAUGAAGAUAUGCUACAUCUUGAGAGAAGGGGCUAAUGCCACAAGUGACAUAUUCCAUUUUACAGUUGAAGAUGGUGGUGGAAACAAGUUAAUCAAGCAGCAUUUUCGUCUGAAUUGGGCAUGGAUUUCCUUUGAAAAGGAAUAUUACUUGAUCAAUGAGGACUCCAAAUUUCUAGAUGUCGUGCUUAAACGUAGAGGUUAUUUGGGAGAGACUUCCUUUAUAAGUAUUGGCUCAAGAGAUGGGACUGCAAAAAAAGACAAAGACUUCAAGGGCAAAGCACAGAAACAAGUGCAGUUCAACCCAGGCCAGACCCGGGCCACGUGGAGGGUGCGGAUCCUGAGCGAUGGAGAACAUGAGCAGUCCGAGACCUUCCAGGUGGUUCUCUCAGAGCCCGUGCUGGCUGCCCUGGAAUUCCCUGCAGUGACCACAGUGGAGAUCGUGGACCCAGGAGAUGAAUCAACUGUAUUCAUCCCCCAGUCUGAAUACUCCAUCGAGGAGGACAUUGGUGAACUGCUCAUUCCGAUCAGGAGAAGUGGAGAUGUGAGCCGCGAGCUGAUGGUGAUCUGUUACACGCGGCAAGGAACGGCAAGAGGAACUGUGCCAACAUCAGUACUGUCCUAUUCUGAUUACAUAUCCCGGCCCGAGGACCACACAAGUGUUAUCCGCUUUGACAAAGACGAGCGGGAAAAAAUGUGCCGGGUCGUUAUAAUCGACGACUCCUUAUAUGAAGAGAAGGAAACAUUCCACGUUCUCCUGAGCAUGCCGAUGGGUGGGAGAAUUGGAUCGGAGUUCCCAGGGGCUCAGGUUACAAUCAUCCCCGACAAGGACGACGAACCCAUCCUCUACUUUGGUGACGCUGAGUACGCUGUGGACGAGCGCAUAGGCUCUGUGGACGUGCAGGUGUGGAGAACAGGCACUGACCUGUCCCAGGCUUCCAGCGUCACCGUGAGGUCUCAGAAGACACACCCUCCGUCUGCUGAUGCUGGAACAGACUACGUGGGAAUCAGUCGUAAUUUAGAUUUUGCACCUGGAGUCAACAUGCAGACUGUUCGUGUUAUCAUUCUGGAUGAUCUUGGACAACCGGUGCUGGAAGGAAUUGAGAAAUUUGAACUUGUGCUUCGAAUGCCUAUGAAUGCUGCCCUUGGUGACCCCAGCAAAGCCACGGUGGCCAUAAAUGAUUCUGUCUCAGAUUUGCCUAAGAUGCAAUUCAAAGAACGAGUAUAUACUGGCAACGAAAACGAUGAGCAGGUCGUUACCGUGAUCCACAGGAGUGGAGAUAUCCGGUACAAUUCUUCGGUGAGGUGCUAUACGCGACAGGGGUCUGCACAAGUGAUGAUGGACUUUGAAGAACGCCCAAACACGGAUAUCUCCACCAUCACCUUCCUCCCUGGUGAGACUGAAAAGCCUUGUAUCCUUGAGCUGAUGGAUGACGUACUCUACGAAGAGGUAGAGGAGCUCCGUCUGGUUCUUGGCACUCCACAGAGCAACUCCCCUUUUGGAGCUGUGGUUGGUGAACAAAAUGAAACUCUGAUAAGGAUCAGAGAUGAUGCUGAUAAGACAAUUAUUAAAUUUGGAGAAACCAAAUUUAGCGUCAGUGAACCCAAAGAACCAGGACAGUCGGUGGUUAUAAAAAUUCCAGUGAUUCGCCAAGGAGACACUUCAAAGGUUUCCGUUGUGAGGGUUCACACCAAGGACGGUUCAGCCACCUCUGGAGAGGACUAUCACCCUGUAUCGGAAGAAAUUGAAUUUAAGGAGGGAGAAAUCCAGCACAUUGUUGAAAUUGAAGUAAUAUUCGAUGGGGUAAGAGAGAUGAGAGAGGCCUUCACUGUCCACCUAAAGCCUGAUGAAAAUAUGAUAGCAGAGACACAGGCCACCAAAGCCAUUGUGUACAUAGAAGAAUUGAACAGCAUGGCAGAUGUCACUUUUCCUUCUGUCCCUCAAGUUGUGUCCUUACUGAUGUAUGAUGACACUUCCAGAGCCAAAGAGGGUGCUGGACCUGUGUCUGGUUAUCCUGUUGUCUGUAUAACGGCUUGCAACCCUAAAUAUUCAGACUAUGACAAAACAGGAUCCAUUUGUGCAAGUGAGAACAUCAAUGACACUUUGACCCGGUACCGAUGGCUGAUCAGCGCACCCGCGGGCCCCGACGGAGUGACCAGCCCCAUGAGAGAAGUGGACUUUGACACCUUUUUCACUUCAUCCAAGAUGAUCAGUUUAGACUCCAUAUACUUCCAGCCUGGCUCCAGGGUGCAGUGUGCGGCUCGGGCUGUGAAUGGCGAUGGGAACGAAGGCUUGGAGCUGAUGAGCCCUGCCGUAACCAUCGGCAGAGAAGAAGGUCUUUGCCAGCCCCGGGUGCCAGGGAUAGUGGGAGCAGAGCCCUUCUCAGCUAAAUUGCGCUACACGGGUCCCGAGGACCCCGAGUACACAAACCUCAUCAAGCUCGCUGUCACCAUGCCCCACAUAGACGGUAUGCUCCCUGUGAUCUCCACCAAGGAGCUCUCCAACUUUGAGCUCACCCUCAGCCCUGAUGGCACACGAGUUGGAAACCACAAAUGCUCCAACCUCCUAGAUUAUACUGAAGUAAAGACCCACCACGGGUUCUUGACUGAUGCUACCAAAAAUCAAGAAAUAAUUGGAGAGACGUAUCCUUACCAGUACAGCUCAUCUAUCAGGGGUUCCAAUACCUUACGCUUCUACCGAAAUCUGAACCUGGAAGCCUGCUUAUGGGAGUUUGUUAGCUACUAUGACAUGUCAGAGCUGCUCACGGACUGUGGAGGUACCAUUGGAACCGAUGGACAGGUCCUAAACCUAGUGCAGUCCUAUGUGACUCUUCGAGUCCCUCUGUAUGUCUCCUACGUGUUCCAUUCCCCUGUUGGGGUAGGAGGCUGGCAGCAUUUUGACUUGAAGUCAGAGCUUCGUCUAACUUUCGUGUAUGACACUGCCAUCUUGUGGACUGAUGGAAUUGUCAGCCCCCCCGAAGCUGAACUCCAAGGUUCUCUCUACCCAACGAGCAUGCGCAUCGGUGAAGAGGGCCGUUUGGUCGUGAACUUCAAGACAGAGGCUCAAUUCCAUGGCUUGUUUGUGCUGUCACAUCCCGCGGCCUUCACAAGCUCCAUGAUCAUGUCAGUUGAUCACCCAAGUCUAAUGUUUUCCCUGCGUCUCGUCAGGAGUGAACCAACCUAUAAUCAGCCAGUCCAGCAAUGGAGCUUUGUAUCUGACUUUGCAGUACGUGACUACUCGGGGACCUAUACUGUAAAACUGCUGCCGUGCACCACUCCAUCACAUCAGGAGUACCGCCUGCCAGUCACCUGCAACCCCAGAGAGCCUAUCACUUUUAACCUUGACAUCCGAUUCCAACAGGUCAGUGAUCCAGUGGCAGCUGAGUUUAGCUUGAACACCCAAAUGUACCUACUCUCCAAGAAGAGUCUCUGGUUGUCUGAUGGAUCCAUGGGAUUUGGACAAGAGAGUGAUGUUGCCUUUGCAGAAGGCGAUACAAUUUACGGUCGGGUCAUGGUGGAUCCUGUCCAGAAUCUAGGUGAUUCCUUUUACUGCAGCAUUGAGAAGGUGUUCCUGUGCACCGGAGCUGACGGCUACGUUCCCAAGUAUAAUCCAAAGAACGCAGAAUACGGUUGCUUGGCUGACUCUCCUUCACUCUUAUAUAGAUUUAAAAUUGUGGACAAAGCUCAGCCAGAGACACAAGCCACCAGUUUCGGAAAUGUCCUGUUUAAUGCCAAACUGGCAGUGGAUGACCCUGAAGCUAUCUUGUUAGUGAAUCAGCCUGGAUCCGAUGGAUUUAAAGUCGACUCAACACCACUCUUUCAGGUCGCUCUGGGUCGAGAAUGGUACAUACACACCAUCUACACAGUAAGAUCCAAAGACAACGCCAAUCGAGGCCUCGGCAAACGAAGCGUGGAGUACCAGUACCACUCUCUGGUGAGUAAAGGGGAGCCCCGGGCAACUAGCAAGAGCCGGAAGAAGAGGGAAAUCAGGAGCACACCCCCGCUGGUGUGGGAAAUCGGGGCUGAAAACGACCGAGGAACAAACAUCCAGCACAUCGCCCUGGACCGCAGCAGCAGCAAGCAGAGCCCCCGGGGGAGGGUUCCUCCUGACGGCGUCCUGCCCCGGGAGCUCAACCGCCCCACCUCUGAGGUCAGCCUGGUCACGGUGGUGGGGGGCGUCGCGGUGGGACUCCUCGCCCUCUCCCUCACUGCCGUGGCAGUGAUGCUGCGCCGCCAGGGCAAGAGAGUCACCAGGAGGAAGGACACCCCCGAGGGCUCCGGCAGCACCGAGCCUAUGAUGCCCCCGCGGGGCCCCCACAGCGACAGCUCAGAGGUUUGAUGGCCACAGGUGGAAUUCAGCCUUUUCCUCAAGCGCGCAGGAAAAGACAAUAGAAACCCAGUGCUUCUGUCAACAGCAGAGAAUUGGGAACUUCCGUGACAAAGCUGCUCAGAGGACCUGACUGUACUAGUGAACGUUGAUUUGCAUUCUGUCCACUCGUUCAGGCAUCAAAGGACAAACUCAGACCACAGACCGCAUCUUUCCUCUUGCCCAGAAGGCAUCAAGUAUGUAUCCAGAUGCACACAGAGCCAUAGAUGGGCUGUGAGGAAUGUACUUCUCAUCUUAGGCAUUUUCUCUACACAGUAGAGACGAACCUGUUCAACGGUGCUACCAGACUCCUUCAGAAGUUUAAGAGGAGUCUAUUGUUGCUAUAUUAGUAUGUCUUGAAGGUGCAAUUAUCACAUUGUUUAUUCAUUGUGUAACAGUUUAUUACUAAAAAGGUUUUAAUGGGUAGUCUGGAAGAAUGAGGAAUGCACUGUUUAUUGUGACAAGUUUUCUAAUAGGCGAAGACAGCAUGGAAUUAUGACCGAGGGUAGCUCAGCCCACAAAUCACAUUUUUUCCUACUUGAGAGAGAGUGGAAGGAAAGACAGAGGGACAGUAACUCACUCACUUCAAUUUGGAUUGUUUCUCGUCUUCAUCGGACCCUUCUUGUUUCGUUUGCUUAUUUAAUUUUAAAUUAAGCCAAAGAAUAUGUUAAGUCUGGAGAAGAUUGUUGAAGAGUGACUGCUCUGUUCAGGUACCUGGUCAGAAAUAGAAUUCUUGCAUGAUAAUACGGUAUUGGUGUUCACCUGAGAGGGUUGGUGACAUUCUGAUGAUGAAGAAAUGCCAUAGAGUUAGAUUCACAUUUACAAGACAAUGUUCUUUAAGAACUG